AUGUUUGGUAAACUAUUAGGUACAAGCAAUAACAAUAAUAAAAAGACUGUAGAUUCUCAAACUAAAAACAACAAGGAUAAACAAAAAAAAAUAUUAGUAAUAAAUGAACCAAUAUUCGAUCUUCCUUCAUAUUUAGAAAUUAGAUGUACAUCGGAGUUUAGUAAUAACGAAGAAAAGGAGAAGUACAUCCUUAUGCUAAAAUAUCUAACAAAUGAUGCUUUAUUAAUUCCAAAUAGUGAGAAGUCAUUUAAGUCUCGAGAUCAAAAGGACAGAUCGCCUCUUCUACUUGAAGAAAAAGCAUGGCUGACAAAAGAAUGUAUCAUAAGAUACUUAAAAGCUACUAAUUGGAAUAUUGAUCAAUCUAUUGAUCGUAUCACGCAAUCCUUAGCAUGGAGGCGUGAGUUUGGUAUUAACCACCUUGGUGAAGAAAAUGGUGACACUGUUACCUCAGAUCUGGUAGCCAUCGAAAAUGAAAGUGGGAAGCAAAUCGUAAUGGGUUACGACAAUGAUGGUAGACCAAUCCUUUAUUUGAAACCUGGUAGACAGAACACAAAGACUUCUCAGAGACAAGUACAACAUUUAGUGUUUAUGUUGGAAAGAGUCAUUGAUUUCAUGCCUAUGGGACAAGGAUCUUUGGCAUUAUUAAUUGAUUUUAAAGAAUACCCUGAUGUACCAAAAAUAAGUGGAAACAGUAAAAUACCUCCAAUUGGUAUCGGUAAAGAAGUAUUGCAUAUCUUACAGACACAUUAUCCAGAAAGAUUAGGGAAGGCCUUAUUGACUAAUAUACCAUGGCUAGCAUGGUCUUUCUUAAAGUUAAUCCAUCCAUUUAUUGAUCCAGUAACAAGGAAUAAAUUAGUAUUUGAUGAACCAUUUAAUAGAUACGUCGAUGAAAGACAGUUGGAUUGUGUCUAUGGUGGUGUGUUAGAUUUUAAAUAUGAUCAUGAAAUUUACUGGCCUAAAUUAGUAGAAAUGUCUAAGUUAAAAAGAGCACAUUAUAUGGAAAGAUUUAAUAAGUUUGGUGCAGUUAUAGGUUUAAGUGAAUACGAUCUUAGAGGUAACCAUGAGGAAUUAAAGUAUCCACCAUUAAAAGUAAAUGAUACUUAA